CAACCGCGAAUUAUCCACAGUCGUGCGCCGGCAGCCGACGGAGAAGGACGGUGUGGGGCGUAUCGGGACGCUGUGUUGUUGUUCGCAACUGAAAAGGUUAAAUGGUAAUAACCGACCAUGUACAACCUGAAUGUGAACGUGAAUCCUAGUCCAACGGCUGCCGCGGGUCUUCUCGGUGUCGCGGCGGCCGAGGUCACACCAAGGACACCGGAAAUCGUAAACUCCCUAAUCGCCAUGACCAAUCCCUUCGAGGGUUACACGAACGAGAAGAGCAGGGAUCGUACGGACUCGACUAGCAGCGGUGAGCCGAGCCCACCGAGUGUUCAGCACACCUGUAGUCAGCUCAUUAAAGAAGGAUUGAAGUUGACGCUACAAACAAAAAGACGAGCCAACGGUAGCGGAGAUGACACCAAGAAGAGGACGAAGAAGGAAGAUGGCAGCGCGGACGACGAGGAAGAGGACGAAGCGGGAAACAACAACAACCGCAGUGGACUGACACCAGAGGACGAGGAAAGGCGUAGAAGACGACGCGAACGGAACAAGAUCGCAGCCACAAAGUGUCGACUAAAGAAGCGAGAAAAGACGGUGAUCCUAGUAAAGGAGUCAGAGAUCUUGGAGACGCAAAAUCACGACUUGAAGUCGCAGAUCCAGGAGCUGGAGACACAGAGGCGUAGGCUGGUGGACAUGUUGAGCUUCCACAGGCCAACGUGUCUGAAGCAAGGCGGCAACGACACCUCUUAUCAGCAGUACGCGGAGCCGCUGCAGUUGCCCAGUUACCAAGAGAACUUCGUGCAACCUCCUCCAGCGUUGAAUCAACCUCAGAACUGUGUGACGGAGUACCCGGUGAAGGUGGAAGAGUACGAGGGCGAGUUUUAUCGGCAGGAGAGCCCGUACGUGCCCACCACGGACACCGGUUGUACGGUUUAAUAGCUUUAUCCAUCGCAAGCAACGUCUGAGGAGUUGCCUUUGAGGAAAUCCGGUUUACCGGCUUGGAGAAGCUGCUGGGGGUAGUUUUGUUGAAGCUGGUGAACGAACGGUCGUAUGCAUUCCAAGAAGACACAUUGGCGCAAUUAGACAGGAUCCCCUAGACGAAUGUUGUGAUGACCUGAUGGGGUGAUAAACUGUAUGACAAUGAUCUAACGCGUUGAAUCCUAGUUGCGCCAAUGAAGACACUAGAAAAGUGGAAACAUCCGAGUUAACUGAAGACCAGGAUUUCGUUCUGUGCAAAUGUGUGAUCCUUUCGUUUCCGGUAAAUCGGACUUCCUGGAUCUCCCUUCUCUGUUUAAUCGCAAGUCUUGUAGCUCGUAAGUUGAUUAUGGUAGCAGCGUCGCUCUUGUUUCUUCUCUUUCUCUUUGUCCUCUAUCUUCUCUUUUUAACACGAUCCUUUAUACUCGAAACGUUCGACGUUGAACGCCUGAAGACAUUCCUUGAAAGUAACCCUUCUUGAAAGUAAGUAACCAAUUCCUCGAACAUAAGUACUGUGACAUUCUAAGAUAUAAUUAAUGUAAGGUAUGAACGAAUCGUUUUUGCGAUGCUCGAGAUAUUGAAAAUUGAAGAAAAGUUUGUUUUCUUUUUGAUCCCCAAUUAAGAUAAUUUUUUUUAUGAUUAUCAAUCAAUAUUUUAAAUUGAGCAUCGCAAAGAUGUUUUGGUUAUUUUAAGUGAGAAUCGAGAGUCCCUUUAAAAUUGCAGUCUGCGUUAUUGCCGUUAUUUUUUUCACACGCGACCGCUUCUCGAUUCACCAGUGAGAAACCAAGUAUAACUCGUAACUCAGCGUAAGUCUUCUGAUAUUGUUCACGACUAUUGCGACGCGGUUCUGUAACGCGUUCAAAGGAUACUUAUAAUUAUACGAAUAAUCGAACGAUAUUUAAUAUUGUAAAUGUGCAUAUUUUAUAUACAGUGAUGGGCAACUGUGCCCGCAGCGGUGCAUCGAAGUGCAGGUGUAUAUUCGCGGGUACUGAUGGGUUCAUUUCGUAAUUUUAUAAUUUGUACUUUCUAUAUUUUUAAAUUGUCAAAUUUUUAGAUUUCUAAAUUUUUCAAUUUGAAGUCACUAUGUACACCAGUGCCCGUAAGUCUUUCGGCGGACUCACGAUUUGUCCAUCGCUGUUUUAUACGGAUAUACGUAUGUUAUGUAUUUACACUCGCAGACACGCACAUAUGAAUACAAACACACAUGCGCGCGCGUCAUUAACAGUUAAUGAACACGUACAAGUACAUGACGAUUAAUGACAAAAACCGAACGACAUACCUCAAUUUUGUGGGUAGUUACCCUCCCCAGGUGCGUUUGCGCUAAACAAGUAUCAGGAAUUACUUUCAAAUUUAAUCCGUAUAACUCUAAGUGCGUGAUUUCAUCAAUUUUUGUACAUUUGAUACACAGAGAAAUGCCAAAGAAUCUACAGAACUAUUAGUCGAUCGGAACAAGUUGUGCUACAAAAUUAUCGAUUGUGAAAAUUCGGCAAACGCACUUUGGGCUACGCUUAAGCGUUUUUGCAAUUUAUGGAAGCUAGUUUAAUACUUAGCCAAACGCGACUCGCCUAAAUAGUCCACGGACUAAAAAUGCUUUUCAUCUUCGGAAUGUUACCGCCAGUUCAUCUAAUGAAGGAGAAGAUUUUUCUUGCACUUCGUGAAACGUGAAGUGAGACAAAGUCUUCCUCUUAUUCUUCACGAGAUUAAGCAUCUACGAGCAUUAAUAGGGAUGUUUUUUUUUAAUGCGUAGAACGAAUGUCAACACGUGACAAUUGCACACGUGUGGUGCUACAUAUAUAUAUAUUUGCUUUUUAUAUAAAUUUUAUUAAGUUGCCUGAAGAGAGUAUUUAAUAGUUUAAUACACACGUUAAGUGUAUAAAUAUAUUAUCGAUGUCUAUUUGCUAAUGUAAAGUUCAGAAAGUAUCAGACCUAUCAAGAGUUUAUAUUUAUAUACGAAUCUUUUUCUAUUGUUGACAUAUUGAGAAGAAAAUCCGAACACGGUGAAAUUAUUAUUAAUAUUAUCGACGUACUAAACAAUCUUUAAGUAUUGGAUUUAUCACACGCAGUUAUAUUAAGCAAUCACUAUUUGAUUAUUUUUCUUUUUGUGGACAAUUUGCAGACUGUUUUGGAAGUAUUGCAUUUUUUCUUUUUUAUAAAAAUUCUGAUCGUGUUCUAGGAAAUACACGUUCUGUUAAAAAUCAUCAACAAAAUUUACUAUUCUUUUUUAAAUAUAGAGUGUAGUUUGAUAUAAUUACGUUUGCUAUCCAAUAUAUACUGCCAUUAUUAAAAUCCCAGAUACAGUCAUUUAUGGUAUCGGGCUCUAAGUUCAUUAUCUUAUUAGUAAAAUGUAUUAAAAAGUCUUUCUAGAAAAUAAGAGCAAAAUAACUUUAAUAACAAAAUAGCAAACAGUAUAUAAGAUUUUAUUAAUUGUAACAAAAUUGUACUAUUGUCUUUUAUUACUGAGUACCUGGCCAUGGAUUUCCAUGCGACAGCUAUUUUUCCCUAGGAGAGAUGCAUUGAAUCAAAUGACUAGAAAAAUGGCUGACAAAAUUUUAUCGUUGUAACCUAAGGGAAAAUUUUAUUCUUUAAAUAAAAGUGCCUUCGAUACUAAUA